UAUAAAACAAAUAUAUUAAAUUUAUCAAUGAAUUUUCUUAAUAAGGCCGACCUACUUAAAUGUUUAUAUAGUAACCAACUUGUGCUACGACUAUAGUACUAGUAAAAGUGAAGAAGGAACAGAGAUCAAGGACACAUUGGAUCAUACAAAAAGGAAGUAGUAGCAGUAUUAUUGUGAUGAUGACAGUAAUGAGUUAGAAACACAUGUGGUACACAUACAUAAAAAGCCUCAUUCAUCAUCACCCUUCACACACAACACUUUCAUACCGUCGAUACAAACCCAAACUCCAAACCAAUUAAUUAAUCAAUGGCUAUGGAAGAAACAACAUCAACCAUCAUGGCAGCACUUUCAUCUCUCCCUUCUUACCACCUCACAAAUCUCACCAACGCCAUUCUCUCAUCCACCCGCCGCCACCACCACCGUCUCACCUUCCUCCUCUCUUCCCCAACUCUCUUUUCCUUAACGCUUCGUCACCUCCACACACUCUCUCUCCCCCAAAAAACUCUACUCAUUUCACGACACCUUCUUUCGUCUCUUCACCUUCUCACCCAAUCCAAACUCUCCACGUCACCACUUCCACCUCCUGCUUCAACCUCCAUGAGAGAUCGUGAAAUCGACGCGGUCUUGCUACUUCUCUUGUUAUGCGAAACACAUAAACACAAUCCGGAAGCUCUAAACGCGCCGUGUUCUGAUUGGAGAUUGAAUUUGAGCAAACUCUUCUCCGAUACAUUGUUGACGUUUUCUUACUCUUCUGCGCCGCCGCUCGGGGCGUGUUCGGGAUCUGUUUUGAUUCCGUUUAUCGAAACAGUGAGUCGGUGUUGGAGAUUGGUGGAUGUUUUAGCCUGCGACGGUGGUGGUGAAAGUGGAAAGGGAGUGAAUGAAGUGGCGGCUUCGGCGGCAACGGUGGUUUCUUUGCCGGCGGUAGGAGUGAGUGUUGGCGGGAGAGAGUGUGUGAUAUGUAAAGAUGAGAUGCGAGUGGGGAGAGACGUGUGUGAGUUGCCUUGUCAGCACUUGUUCCAUUGGAUGUGUAUUUUGCCUUGGCUGGGAAAGAGGAACACGUGUCCUUGCUGCAGGUUUCGAUUACCGUCUGAUGAUGUAUUUGGAGAGAUCCAACGGCUGUGGGAAGUCUUGGUUAAAAUUGGUUCUAGAUGAGUUAAUUUUAGUUUUAAUUCUUACUGUAGUUUACAAACAAAUCGAAGAAAGGUAUAUUUAUUUACUACAUUUACUGUUGUUAAUAGUAGAUGAAAUAAAAGGGAAGUAGGCCCCACAUAGCACAGUCAAGGCUUGUGAUAUGUGUGAUGAAGAAAAGAUGGCGUGGAAAUUGGUUGGCUAAAUAUGGCUUUUUGCCUAAUUUGUCUGGAUUUUGAUGUUUUCGAGUUAGACAGAGACUAUUGUGGUAGAGGAGGCCAAUUGAAUGAUUGUGUGGAUGAUUUAAUUGAUGGGUGGAUAUAAAAUAUACAAAUGGGAGGUUCUUAUAUAUUAUAUUUAUAUAUAUACUAAAUGUAAAUGUAAUAAUCUUGUAUGUACAUUAAUACUAAUAGACUAGUAUACAUGUUUAUGAGGGAUCACUGGAUGAAGCUAAACUGGAAUGGUGUUUUUAAGAGUGACUUGUGAGGUUUUGGCAGAAUUGUUUCCACUAUGGUGAAGUGUAUUUGAAGUCUAUGGCAGAACUUUCGUAUAUUGUUGGUAGUUGAUUUGUAUUAGCCUCACGAGUCAUGUCAAUGAUUUGAUGUGCUUAGCCAUUAUUAUCCCUUGAUUGAAAUCUCAUUUACUCCA